UAUAGACAAAGUAAUGGGAACCAGAUGUUAACUAAGGCAGGAGUGCAGUUCAGCACGUCGAUCAUUUCACACAUCAGCCAAUGAGAGGGCAGAGAAUGGGGCAUUCCUGCCCCUCUCCUGGGGUUAUUGGCUGCAGGGUCUGCGGCAGUUCCGGGGUUAAAAUUCCACUAGAGAUCGAGCUAUAAAACCGGGAGAUCAGCGCCCCAAACAGCUUCUUUUUUUUUCCCUUAACCACCCGGGAACAGAACUAUUCGUUUCCACAAUGCAAGGAAAGAGAUUCGUUUUACUUUUAAAACUUCACUGUAUUCUUUGCUUGGUUUCUGCAAUUCAAAGAAAGGAUCUUUUUCCAUUUGGUCCACACGCAGGGGACCUUACCCUUCAAGAAGGCGACGAUGAAACCUCUGCAGUUAUAAAACUCAAAAGGCCACUUGUUUUCUAUGAUACACACUUCAACAAUCUUUACGUAGGAACGAAUGGUAUCAUCUCCCUGCAAGAUUUGCCCAGGGAGACCCAGUAUGUAGAUGAUGGAUUCCCAUUCGAUUUCCCGGUGAUAGCGCCCUACCUGUCCGACAUCGACACAAGUCGUGGCCGAGGACGGAUUUACUACAGAGAAGACAAUUCUUCUGAUACUCUGGACCGCGCCGGCCAAGAAAUCAGGAGAGCUUUUCCUCAGAGCUCAUUCACUCCAACCAAUACUUUCAUCGCCACUUGGGAGAACGUGGCGCCUUAUGAGGAAGUGACGCGUUCGACACCCUCUUCUAACAGGUUCAACACCUUUCAAGCAGUAUUGGCUUUUGAUGAAUCAAAUUCCUAUGCAAUUUUUCUCUACCCGGAGGAUGGGUUACACUUCUUUGGGACACGUCCAAAAGAAUCCUACAAUGUUCAGAUCGAGUUACCCGCUCGGAUAGGCUUCAACAGAGGAGAAACAGGGUACACACAAUGGAGACGAGAAAGUUCCUAUUAUAGUAUUACCACCAAUGAACAAUCUGUUAAACAUCUCUAUCAGAGGGGCAAUUCAGGUACUCGAGGAGAAUGGGUUUUUCAUAUUGGUGGAACUUCAUCCUUCAACAAUAUAAUGCAAGCAAAAGCCAGAGUGGAGACUUCAGGAGAGGAUCAUAUUGUUACUUUGGAUAGUUCCCUGAGAGGUCCAGUUAUCCCUGUUGCACAGGAAUCUGAUUAUGCAGAAAAUGAAGAUUACAACCACCAUUAUGACAAUGAAGAGUCUGAGUACACCCCCUCCAUUUCCAUGGCACCUCAUGGAAGAGUUGCAGGUAUUCCAGAUGAUCCACCGUAUCCGGAUGCAGGCAUUAUUCCAUCCUAUCCUGAAGGCUAUCCCGAGGCGGGCGUCAUGUCAUCAUAUCCUGAAUCUGGGGCUUUUCCAUCAUACCCAGAAAGGGGCCCUGAGGUUGGCACCAGGAUGAGGUACCCCAAUGGAUACUCAGAAAUUGUGCCUAGAAAUCAGUUACCAGUUACAUCAGGCAGACAUGUUGUCAGCGUUGAUGAAGAGGAAGAACUUGGCACUGGUGUCUUUACUUACAACACAGGCUCGAAGGAAACCUGUGAGAGAAACCAGGAACAGUGUUCCCAGAAUGCCUACUGUACUGAUUACUCUAGUGGAUUCUGCUGCCAUUGCCAGUCUGGUUACUAUGGCAACGGAAGGCAAUGCCUACCAGAAGGUGUUACUCAGCGUGUGAAUGGAAAAGUAAAUGGAAAAUUAAUGGUAGGAGACAGUCGAAGGCCUGUGGAGUUUGAGAAUGCUGACCUGCAUGCAUAUGUAGUUAUAAAUGAUGGGAGAUCCUUUACAGCAAUUAGCCAAAUUCCUGGGUUAGCAGGCUGGGCCAUGCAGUCAUUGUCGAUAAUUGGAGAUCUUUUUGGAUGGCUGUUUGCUUUGCAGCAACCAGGCUUCAAAAAUGGCUUUAGCAUUGCAGGUGCCAAAUUUAUUCGCAAUAUUGAUAUCACCUUUUCUCCGGGUAAUAAACAGUUAAAUGUAAUACAAAUAGCUCAAGGUUUGGAUGCACAGAAUUAUCUCAGUGUCACUACUGAGAUUGAGGGAGAGUUGCCUGAUAUUGCUGUAGGAGCUUCAGUCCAUAUCCAGCCAUAUAAUGAAGUUUACUACCGCUCCAGUUCUGCAAUUACCUCUACAGCCUACAGGGAUUAUUCUGUUGAAUCUACGAAUGGUGAGACACAGAGACUCCGUUACCAAUUGAAGCAGAACAUUACCUAUUAUGACUGUGAGCAUGCACCAAAAACCAUUCCAGCAGCCCAGCAACUUAAUGCAGAGCGUAUAUUGGUUCUAUAUAAUCAGAGUGAGCAGGUGGUCAGAUAUGGAAUGAUCAGCCAGAUUGGACCCGUCAGAGAUAACUCCAGGCUUGUACGAGUUAAUCCGUGUCAGGAUGGAACCCAUGGCUGUGAUCCAAAAGCACAGUGUUACCCAGUGAAUGACCAUGAUCACAUCUGUACAUGUGCACCAGGCUAUGAAGGAGAUGGCAAAGUUUGCACAGCAACCAGUGAACGUCCAAAAACGGCUUGUGAACAGCAAAGAGAGAGACUGCAGGCAGGGAGCAUUCGUGGGCCUCUUUUUGGUGUUCAUAUCCCUCAGUGUGAUGAUGAAGGCAACUUCAGGCCGAUGCAAUGUCACAGCAGCACAGGAUACUGCUGGUGUGUGUACGAGAAUGGACAGGAAGUUCCCGGGACAAGGGUAGCGCCUGGAACCCGUCAAGCACGCUGUGAGCUCCCAUCAGUCAAUGAGCGUCCCAAGUCUGCCUGUGAGCAGCAGCGAGAACGGUUAGAAACAGAGAUGAGACUGCGUGGGCCUCUUCUGGGAGUCCACAUCCCUCAGUGUGAUGACGAAGGGAACUUCAGGCUGAUGCAAUGUCACAGCAGCACAGGCCACUGCUGGUGUGUAUACGAGAAUGGACAGGAAGUUCCCGGGACAAGAAGAGCACCUGGAACUGGUCAACCACAUUGUGGACAGCCAGCCAGUGAGCGCCCGAAGUCUGCCUGUGAGCAGCAGCGAGAACGGUUGCAAGCAGAGGGGAGCCAGCACGGACUUCUUGUUGGACUCUACAUCCCUCAGUGUGAUGACGAGGGGAACUUCAGGCCGAUGCAAUGUCACGGCAGCACAGGAUACUGUUGGUGUGUGUACGAGAAUGGACAGGAGGUUGCAGGGACUAGAACAGCACCUGGAACUGGUCAACCGCGCUGUGAGGUGCCAGUGACCAACGAGCGCCCGAAGUCUGCCUGUGAGCAGCAGCGAGAACGGAUACAAACGGAAAUGAGCCUGCGCGGGCCUCUCGUUGGACACCACAUCCCUCAGUGUGACGAAGAAGGCAACUUCAGGCCGAUGCAAUGUCACAGCAGCACAGGAUACUGCUGGUGUGUGUACGAGAAUGGACAGGAGGUUCCCGGGACGAGGACAGCCCCUGGAACUGGUCAGCCACGCUGUGGAGAGCCAGCAACUGAACGCCCUAAGUCUGUCUGCGAGCAGCAUCGAGAACGGGUAGAGUCAGAGAUGCGUGGGUCCCAGCCCUUGGUUGGUAUCCACAUCCCUCAGUGUGAUGACGAGGGGAACUUCAGGCCGAUGCAAUGUCACGGCAGCACAGGAUACUGCUGGUGUGUGUACGAGAAUGGACAGGAGGUUCUCGGGACGAGGACAGCCCCUGGAACUGGUCAGCCACGCUGUGGGGAGCUGGAAACCAACGAACGGCCAAAGACUGCUUGUCAACUGCAGCAAGAGCGACUGCGAGCAAUACUGAGCCUGCGCAGACCCAUUUCUGGACUCCACAUCCCUCAGUGCGAUGAAGAAGGGAACUUCAGUCCACUGCAGUGCCAUGGCAGCACAGGAUACUGCUGGUGUGUCUAUGAAAAUGGACAGGAAGUUCCAGGGACUAUGACACCUCCUGGAACAAGUCAACCACAUUGUGAACAGCCAGGAGACAAUGAGCACCCAAAGACUGCCUGUGAGCAGCAGCGAGAACACUUAGAAACGAUGAGCCAGCGUGGAUCCCUGCCCUUGGUUGGUCUCCACAUCCCUCAGUGUGAUGACGAGGGGAACUUCAGGCCGAUGCAGUGUCACAGCAGCACAGGAUACUGCUGGUGUGUGUACGAGAAUGGACAAGAAAUUAUUGGGACGAGAAGAGCACCUGGAACUGGUCAGCCACGUUGUGGACUUACAGCUUUAACAACCAGUGAACGCCGUAAAACUGCAUGUGAAGAGCAACGAGAGAGAUUACAAACGGAGUUGACUGCAUUUGGAUCUGAACCUCGGGUGGGACUCUACAUCCCUCAGUGUGAUGACGAGGGGAACUUCAGGCCGAUGCAAUGUCAAAGCAGCACAGGCCACUGCUGGUGUGUGGAUGAAAAUGGACAGGAAGUUGCUGGGACGAGGACAGCACCUGGAUCUGCUCAACCACGUUGUGGGCUUCCAGCCGGUGAGCGCCCGAAGUCUGCCUGUGAGCAGCAGCGAGAACGGUUGCAAGCAGAGGGGAGCCAGCACGGACUUCUUGUUGGACUCUACAUCCCUCAGUGUGAUGACGAGGGGAACUUCAGGCCGAUGCAAUGUCACGGCAGCACAGGAUACUGUUGGUGUGUGUACGAGAAUGGACAGGAGGUUGCAGGGACGAGGACAGCACCUGGAACUGGUCAACCACGCUGUGAGGUGCCAGCUUUAACAACCAGUGAACGCCGUAAAACUGCAUGUGAAGAGCAACGAGAGAGAUUACAAACGGAGUUGACUGCAUUUGGAUCUGAACCUCGGGUGGGACUCUACAUCCCUCAGUGUGAUGACGAGGGGAACUUCAGGCCGAUGCAAUGUCAAAGCAGCACAGGCCACUGCUGGUGUGUGGAUGAAAAUGGACAGGAAGUUGCUGGGACGAGGACAGCACCUGGAUCUGCUCAACCACGUUGUGGGCUUCCAGCUGGUGAGCGCCCGAAGUCUGCCUGUGAGCAGCAGCGAGAACGGUUGCAAGCAGAGGGGAGCCAGCACGGACUUCUUGUUGGACUCUACAUCCCUCAGUGUGAUGACGAGGGGAACUUCAGGCCGAUGCAAUGUCACGGCAGCACAGGAUACUGUUGGUGUGUGUACGAGAAUGGACAGGAAGUUGCAGGGACGAGGACAGCACCUGGAACUGGUCAACCGCGCUGUGAGGUGCCAGCUUUAACAACCAGUGAACGCCGUAAAACUGCAUGUGAAGAGCAACGAGAGAGAUUACAAACGGAGUUGACUGCAUUUGGAUCUGAACCUCGGGUGGGACUCUACAUCCCUCAGUGUGAUGACGAGGGGAACUUCAGGCCGAUGCAAUGUCAAAGCAGCACAGGCCACUGCUGGUGUGUGGAUGAAAAUGGACGGGAAAUUGCUGGGACUAGGACAGCACCUGGAUCUGCUCAACCACGUUGUGGGCAUCCAGCCAGUGACCGCCCAAAGUCUGCCUGUGAGCAGCAGCGAGAAUGGACAGAGGCAGAGAUGAGCCUGCGGGGGCCUCUUCUGGGAGUCCACAUCCCUCAGUGUGAUGACGAGGGGAACUUCAGGCCGAUGCAAUGUCACAGCAGCACAGGCCACUGCUGGUGUGUAGAUGAAAAUGGACGGGAAGUUGCUGGGACGAGGACAGCACCUGGAUCUGCUCAACCACGUUGCGGACUUCCAGCCAGUGAGCGCCCGAAGUCUGCCUGUGAGCAGCAGCGAGAACGGUUGCAAGCAGAGGGGAGCCAGCACGGACUUCUUGUUGGACUCUACAUCCCUCAGUGUGAUGACGAGGGGAACUUCAGGCCGAUGCAAUGUCACGGCAGCACAGGAUACUGUUGGUGUGUGUACGAGAAUGGACAGGAGGUUGCAGGGACGAGGACAGCACCUGGAACUGGUCAACCACGCUGUGAGGUGCCAACUUUAACAACCAGUGAACGCCGUAAAACUGCAUGUGAAGAGCAACGAGAGAGAUUACAAACGGAGUUGACUGCAUUUGGAUCUGAACCUCGGGUGGGACUCUACAUCCCUCAGUGUGAUGACGAGGGGAACUUCAGGCCGAUGCAAUGUCAAAGCAGCUCAGGCCACUGCUGGUGUGUGGAUGAAAAUGGACAGGAAGUUGCUGGGACGAGGACAGCACCUGGAUCUGCUCAACCACGUUGUGGGCUUCCAGCCAGUGAGCGCCCGAAGUCUGCCUGUGAGCAGCAGCGAGAACGGUUGCAAGCAGAGGGGAGCCAGCACGGACUUCUUGUUGGACUCUACAUCCCUCAGUGUGAUGACGAGGGGAACUUCAGGCCGAUGCAAUGUCACGGCAGCACAGGAUACUGUUGGUGUGUGUACGAGAAUGGACAGGAGGUUGCAGGGACUAGAACAGCACCUGGAACUGGUCAACCACGCUGUGAGGUGCCAGCUUUAACAACCAGUGAACGCCGUAAAACUGCAUGUGAAGAGCAACGAGAGAGAUUACAAACGGAGUUGACUGCAUUUGGAUCUGAACCUCGGGUGGGACUCUACAUCCCUCAGUGUGAUGACGAGGGGAACUUCAGGCCGAUGCAAUGUCAAAGCAGCACAGGCCACUGCUGGUGUGUGGAUGAAAAUGGACGGGAAAUUGCUGGGACUAGGACAGCACCUGGAUCUGCUCAACCACGUUGUGGGCAUCCAGUGGCCAAUGAACGUUCAAAGUCUGCUUGUGAGCAGCAGCGAGAACAGACACAAGCAGAGGUGAGCCUGCGCGGGCCUCUCGUUGGACUCCACAUCCCUCAGUGUGACGAAGAAGGAAAGUUCAGGCUGAUGCAGUGUCACAGCAGCACAGGAUACUGCUGGUGUGUGUACGAGAAUGGACAGGAGGUUCCCGGGACGAGGACAGCCCCUGGAACUGGUCAGCCACGCUGUGGGGAGCCGGUAUUGACGGAAAAUUCAAAGCCACCUUGUGUAGAGCUGCGGGAUCAAGUACAGGCGGAGCUCAGUCAGAGCAGACCUCGACCUGCUGUCGGUGUGUACGUCCCUCAGUGUGAUGCCGAAGGCAACUUCAAGCCUCUGCAAUGUCACAGCAGCACAGGGCAGUGCUGGUGUGUGGAUGAACUGGGGCGAGAAAUUUCUGGGACUCGGACUCUUCCUGGAAGCGCUCAUCCACAAUGUGGGCAGCCAGAACUCUCACCGCAACCGCAGACAGUGUGUGAGCGCUGGAGGUUCAACCUUCUGAAAGACUAUGGUGGCAGACCAGCUGAUGACCAGUAUGUACCUCAGUGCACAGAGCUUGGAGACUUCAGUCCUUUGCAGUGCUAUGGAAACAGUGGUUAUUGUUGGUGUGUGGAUAAAGACGGUCGAGAAAUUCAAGGAACGCGGACUGAACCUGGCACUCCACCAGCAUGUAUACCAACUGUUGCACCUCCCACCACUCAGCCAACUACAGCAUCUGUUCUGACUGCACCACCCAGAGGGGUUUUCCUUUUGUAUGCUCAGGGACAGCACAUUGGGUACCUGCCCCUGAAUGGUACUCGGCUAAACACAGAGGAAGCCAAGAGCCUGUUAGCUCUUCAUGGUUCAAUUAUUAUUGGUAUUGAUUAUGACUGCAGGGAUAAGAUGGUUUAUUGGACUGAUGUUGCAGGCCGAACUAUCAAUCGAGUUAGUUUGGAACCUGGUGCAGAGCCAGAAAUAAUCAUUAAUACAGGACUGACUAGUCCUGAAGGACUAACCAUAGACUACAUCCGCAGAAAUCUGUUUUGGACCGAUAGUGGAUUAGAUAAAAUAGAAACAGCUGCAAUCGAUGGGUCCAAACGGCGAGUUCUUGUUGAUACUGAUCUGGUAAAUCCCAGAGCAAUUGUAGUGGACUCUCAUAGUGGUAACCUUUACUGGACAGACUGGAAUCGUGAAGCUCCUAAAAUUGAAACUUCUCACUUAGAUGGAACUAAUAGAAGGAUAUUAGUUAAAAAUGAUAUUGGGUUGCCCAAUGGGUUGACAUUUGACCCAUUUUCCUCACAACUCUGCUGGGCUGAUGCUGGAACCAAAGAUCUGGAGUGCAUAUUUCCAGAUGGGACAGGAAGACGAGUAGUGCAGAGUGGUCUAAACUAUCCUUUCAGUAUUGUUGCCUACUCAAACCAUUUUUACUACACAGACUGGAGAAGAGAUGGAAUUAUUGUUGUGCCUAAAGAUGGCAGCCAGAUGACUGAUGAGUACCUACCCGAUCAGAGAUCACAUCUAUAUGGAAUAACUGUUGCUUACCCUCGUUGUCCAUAUGGAAGAAAAUAAUGUCUCUACUGAUAAUGGCGACAGUAUUUCAUCAUUCUACAUAUGGAGGGAAGACUAUUUGGACCAGGGUGCUGCAGACAGAAGUGAACUCCGUUACCCCUCACCACCCCCCAACCCCCAUUAAGUAAG